AGCUCCUUUCGCAAUUGCCGGCGCCCGCGGCGGGGCGUAGCGCUGGUAUUCAGCCCCAGAGAUUAGUGCUUAGUACACAUAAUUCGAACCUGGUCGCAGCUGUCGCGCGCUGACGACAGGUUGCAGCCCUGCAGCAGACUUUUGUAAGCCAGCUCGCCACAGCAGUGUUGAGGAGCAGCAAGCCAGCGCCAUGCGCCGCAAGGCCCCCGACAUCCUCAAGCGCCUGGAAUUACGAAUCAAGCACGGCGUCGCCAAGCCGUCGCCGCUCUACGAAGCGUUAAGGCGGAACCCGCCGCCACCGCCGCCGAGAGCAAGGAAACAAUUGCGCGAGAUCACGCUGCCCACGGACCGUUUAGAAAGAGAAUACCGAGAGAGCCAGACCGUGGCGCCCUUCGUUCCUAUCGAGAGGCCGGCGGAGGACCCGAGCCUAGCCCAUGCCUUGCGGGCUGUCGACGUCGGAAGUGACGAAGCUCUGGAAUUAAGGCGCCAGCAGGACCGCGACGCCGCGGCAGAAGCCCUACGAAUGUGCGAGGACCCGCCGUCGACGACGUUAACGGACAAGCGGGAGGUCGACGCGUGGCUGAUGCGCGACGUGCUGGCCUGGGACUGGGAAACUUCUAGAAGGGCCCAGGCCGAGCUGGCGGCGUUAGAUGACGGCUCGUCUGAACCGCUCGAGCUGGGCCGCGCCGUGGACGCGCUAUCACGCCGAGUUUUGGGGGAGGAGCUCGCCGAGCCCAUCCAGCUACAAUUGGAGACCAAGGCGGACGGCGAGUUCGCGUCGAAGCACGGGGCGUUAGCAGCCCGGGCGCGGUCGAAGCCGUGGGAGGACUGGGAUGAGAAAGAGCAAAGUGAAAUGCGGGCGUUCUUGGCGGACGUCAAGGUUCAUGGUGUCGCGUACGACGAGGACGACUUCGAUGCGAAGCGCCUGGCGGCCUUCCCCCAGUUCGAGGCGCCUGAUGCCAAAUCGACGGCGGACCCCCAGCAGAUCGCGCGAUUACUUGCAAGACACGGCGUCUUCCCGGAGCUCGGCGACGCGGUGGCCGCGGCCGAAUUAUUGGAGAAGGGCGUCCGCGAGGAGAACGCGGGCCUGACCUCAGAUUUGGUGGCGGCUUUGAGAGAUCCGGCGUCGCGCGAGCACCGGCGGGCGGCGGCGGCGCGGCGCGCUCGCGGAGAGCGCGGCCUGCUCGAUAGAUUGGCCGUGGCCGAGGCCCUCGGGCCGCGGUCGUCGGAGUAA